AUGCAAACUUCCUACUUUGAUCAGCAGAGGGUGGAGAGGGAAAAAGCCCGCAAAGGCGCGGGCUGCGGCGCGGUCCGGCGCCCUUGGCGGCUCCACGCCCCCUUCCGGAAGGAGCCGCGGGGACGCCGCAUCCUGCACCUUGACCUGUCUAGACGGCCCCGAACGUUUUGUCUCCGUUACCAAGGGCGAGGGGUGCUCUUUGACCCGCGCCCGGGGCGGAGGUGGUGGCCAAAGGGUCCAGCUGAAUCCUCGCCGAAUUCCGGAGGGAGAGGGGCGCGUGGGGACGUGCACCAGCUGUUCCCAAAGAAAGCAGCCGAGGAGCCCGCCUGGGAGAUGGGGCGCCCGUCCAUCCCCCUAGCCCAGUCGGAGGCGUUCCUAACGGACCUUUUGGAGAAAGUCUGUGAGCGAAUGAACGACUACAAGCUUGAGGAAGACCCUGUGACGAAGGAGAGAACUUUCAAGAGAUUUGCUCCUAGGAAAGGAGACAAAAUAUACCAAGAAUUUAAAAAAUUAUAUUUUUAUUCUGAUGCUUACAGACCUUUGAAAUUUGCGUGUGAAACUAUAAUAGAAGAGUAUGAAGAUGAAAUAUUCUCACUUAUCGCCCAGGAGGCACACUGUCUAGCUGACAAGCUGUGCAGUGAAAAAUCAGAUCUGUGUGAAACUUCUGCUAAUCAUACUGAGCUCUAGGAGUGCCGUGCUGCUGGUGGUAGAGAGGAGUAAAGUCACACCCAAAGGUGAAGCUGAGGAGUACAUGAAACUUAAAUUAACCUUUGCAGAUUUUGAUAAAUCAAGCUUGACAAUAAAGGAUUUAAUUCCGUAUUGAGGAAAAAAGUGAACAAAAUAGGGAUUUCAUAAUGUAUGCUGUUUAUUUUAUAACAGUGCAUGUGCACAUAUACAAGUGCCGUAGCUAUCUGAUAAGAACUGGAUUUGAAUUCUCAAAUACUUGAUUGCCUAUAAAUUUAAGGAAAUACAUGGCAACAAAUUCAAAAUGUGGUCUUCUGGGUGAGAUAUGGCUAUUGGUGAAAGAAACAAACCCAUUUUUUUGUAUCAGGAAUGAAAUUUAAAUUUUUAGAAACCACAAGUUUAAAGACCCAUCUCUAAAAUUUAGUGGAAUGUGUAAAAACUAAUGGAUGCUUUAAUUUAUAGUAAACAAUAAUUACAUUGGCCUCUCAAACACCAGUCUGAGUUUAAGUGGUUUAGAAAGUUGAUUUAUUAUUGCAUCAUGUGUUAAAAGAUGACACUAGUGAUUGCGUUUUGUUUUGCUCCAAACUCUUCUGGUUUGUUUGUUUUUCUUCUAAAGGUUUUUUUGGCUCACAUUUAGUGUGUUGAGUUUACUACUAAAUAAUCUACCAUUCUACAGGAAUGGAAAGAGAGUUGGGACCUGGUGGGAAAUUAUCUUUUGACCACACUUAAUAUACAAAGUCUAGUAACAGUUACUCCCGGAAAUGUCUUUAUCUCUGUUACAUUUGCAUUCAGUGGAAUCUGACUUUAAUGAUUAAGAAUGUCAGGGUAUAGUCUACACCAGUUUCUAAAAAGAGAUUCUCAUUGUCUUUGGUGACGAUCAAGUGGGUAGUAUGCUACAAAUUCCGCCCGGAAGACCCAAAACUCUUUGCCAUAUUGUUACUUAGUUGCUUAAAAAGCACAUUAUGUGUUUAAAUCAUUCUCCUGACUCUUCAGCAGGGAACAAUUCUUAAAUUUAGGAAAAUUUACCAAAGAUAAGGGGAAAGGCUUUCCAUGCCCCCUCCCCACCUCAACUCUGACUAAAAGUUAGUGAGUUAAUGUCACUUAAUUACUUGGGUGCUUUUUUUUUGUCUUGUCUGUGGCUGCUUAAGUCUGAUGGCUCCUACAUAACCCAACGAACUUGCACUCGAGCUGACACACGAUGGAAAUAGAACUGAAUAAUAAUUAACACUAUUUUCCAGUAGGGUAGGACAAUUGUUAUUUAAAACAUAGUCCCUAUAGCUUUAUUUAAACGUAUCUAGUUAAGGUUAAUUUGGCAUUUAAAGUAGUAAAUCAGGAACAUUCUCCUAACUUGGAUUUUCUUGGGAAAUGCACUAAACAGGAAAAUUAUUCCUGAAAACCUAGUGACCUUCACAGGAACAUGGUGGGACCUGUGACACCAAGUAAGCUUCAGUGAAAAAUGUUAACAGUUGUGAUUGUAGAAGUGUUGCCAAAUUUGUUUUCAUACUCUCAUUGAUCAUCAUUAAAAAUUCUGAAAUGUCGGCAAUGCUAACACUAAUUAUAGAAAUUAAGAAAAUGAGGCCUCCUGUUUGUAACUAAACAGACGUGGGGAGGUGCACCUCCUGUCACUGAGGGGUGCCUUUCAUUGACAGUGACGCUUUGCUUUGAAUGGAGAGGACGAGGAACCUUGACUUACAGCGACUAUCUAAGGUUUUGCUAAAUAUGGCAUUUCAGUUUUUUUUCUUGGAUUUCCCAUUAAAAAUAGUCUUGUAUCUUGCAAAUUUUUAAUAUCUCAUGACUUGUAUAUUUUUUCUUUCCAGAAUUUUUUCCAGAUCAAACUUGCUAAACUCAUGUAAAUAUUUGUAGCUUACGAAGUUACUGAUUCAACCCGUAUUUGAAUGGUAACGCACAAACCACUGGAUUUCUUCUGGCUGCAGGAAGUCAGGUUUCCCUGUGGGCCACUGUUAGGUUGCGCUGCUUUUGCUAAUGAACAAUGAGAUAGAGUAGCUUCUCACUUUAGCGUCCUUCUAGCCACCUUGGUGCCUUGUAAGUCCCAUUUAUUGACCAAAACCUAAUCAAAAACAGCAAGUGGGGGAAGGAAACAAAAACAACAGAAAUAAAAGAAACAAGGCAACAUUAUAGUGUGAGAGAAAGUUUCUCAGAAUUGAUGAAAAGCUACCUAAUUCUAUGUCCAAAAAAAUCCCUGGAAAAACACGGGGUAGGGUGUGUAAUGCUUAUUAAAAUAAUGAGGAGAGAAGACUCGUUUGAGGCUUCAUGGUUUCAGAUUGUUCUUUUAUGAGAUGGUUGGUUUGGGUCUCCAUGAAGACAUGUGAGCCUGUUCUCAUAAAAAAAAAAAAAAGACCAGAUUGGCUGAGAUGCCCACUUUAUUUUUUGUGAUGUGGAUUACUAUUUGCUAAGAACAAGCCAAGGACAAUGAAUCCAUUUACUGAGGAGUGGAGAGUGGGAUUGUGCCGAAGUCCCAAACAGGAAAGAUCAAUACUUUAUUUACUAAGACAACCCUAAAAAAAUAGAGUCAAUAGCUGGCUGUGCUUUUAUAUCUGUUUCUCAGCUUAGGUUGAUAUUUAUUCACGUACGUAAUCACUAUAUCUAAAUAAAAAAUGAUAAACUAUAUAUCAAGCUUAAAAUUCAGAUUGUCAUGGAAUAUGAGAAAAGUCAUUCUUUGAUGUGAUUUUGUGGUCUGUUUUAAAACUUGGUACAAAUUUGUGAGCUAAUCUUAAAUGUGCUGAAGCUCACGCAAUAGGAUAUUGUAUAGUUUGACACCAAGAUGCAAUUAACAAUGAUACUAAACCAUCAAAAUAUGAAUGCACCUGUGAGAUACAAAUGUGUUUUUAUUAUGAUUCCCUAGCUAUAAUUUAAUUCCCCUUUAUACGUUUCUUAAAUUCCUCAGAUUAGUUGCUUUUAGAGCAAGAAACCAAGUGGAUAAAAAGAUCAAAUACAAUAAAUGAAAUAGAAUUAUGGAAGUUGUAAAAAUGUAUUGCCCUUAAAUGACCUAGGGAAAGAUAACAGUAAAUGAUACUGCUCUCACGCGAAGUUUAACUUCUUGCCCCUUCCCCUAAACGUGUGUUUGCUGAGGAGAGAGGCUCUGCUUUUUGUAGUCCACUUUUCAUAAUCUGCCCCAAGGGCGAGAGGUGGUGAUGAUAUUUAACAUAAUAUUGGCUCAUUCAUUUGUGGGGUCAUCACCAGAAACAUGGGGCUUUGCUUCAGAAGGACAGUUUGUGGAAGAGGGGUCUUAGAUGUCACAUACAGCUCUCUACCCUUCUGGGUUCUUCGGGAAAGUCCAAAAAUAGAUGGAUGGAUACAUAGAUAAACAGAUAGAUAGAAACAUGGAAAUGUAGCUACAUGCAUACAAAUACACAGACACGGACAUACAUAAUAGAGAGAGGACACAGGGAGAUCAGCUAGAGCUUCGAAUUUCCAGUGUGGAGAUCUCAGGGAAAAAAUAGGGUCUUUAUUUUUUUGAAUUCCUUAAUUAAAGAAACAUUCCUAUGCUCCUUAUCUUGGAGAAUUAUCUCAAGAUUUUCAUGAAAGAAAAAAAUUACAGUGGACAUAAAAAAGAUUCUACCCUGCCACAGUAAGAUAUUUGUAAAACAUAUUUAAUCUAUUAUGAAGUUGCUGGAAACCAGAAAUGCCAUGAGGCUGCACUGGAACUAGCUGAGAAUCUUAUAGUAUGUGUCACUAUAUGGAACAUGGAUUUCAGUAAACCACGGAUUAAAUAAUUUCCCUCUAAAGCAUAAUAGCACAGAGUAAAAGCCCAGUACAGUAAAGUGAGCAGUUUGAUAGAUAGUCCUGUUCCCUCAAAGCCACAGGGCAGGGGGAAGUUCACAAAUCACGAGCUUAGUGAAUCCAAGAUGUGACCCAGAGGGACAUGGCCUUCCCUUGGAGCUGAUAAGGGCGCCAGUAACUUCCUUCUCCUUUCGGGAUUGUUAACAUACCGGCAUCUAGGGAAGGCAAGUGAUGUACUGAAGCAUCGGAUGCCCAAUGUCAGCUGAUUAAGCAUGGCCAGGACUCAGAAAGAUCUGAUAUACUGAGGACUAAGAGUGUUGGGAAUCUCUAGGCACCGCCCCCUGCCCACGCCACUGCGUAGACCCCAGGGGCCGUGCCUGGAACGGGAUGUCCACAGGAAGUGCCCUCGGAUAACCCGGAGGCCUUGGAGGACAGGUGCUGUGAAACUUCAAGCUAAACACAGACUCUGACUGUAAGGUCGCUGCACCUGUCUCAGCGCGCAUGGAAUUGGUGGUGGGCCUGAAGCCAAUUUGCAUCCUGAUAGCUUCCUUUUGAAAGCCCGGCCUAGGGAGUGUGUCUCCAACACAGGCUGGUACCUGAGGGUCCUGGGUCAGGGGAUUCUCUCCUUUCAAGAUGUCACUGCCACUGCGUGGAGCUCCUCACUGAGGCCUGCUUCAUCAGCCGGCUCAGCCUCCUGCCUCGUGCCCACCAAGGGGACGUUUCUGAUUCUUUCUACUGCAUCCACUUCAGAGACCAAUGUGGUCAUCUGAGCCUCCUCCCCUGCUGCAGACGCACCUGGACUGUCCCAGUUGCCCUCCCCAACCCUUCAGAGGAGCAGGGUGGGCCUGUGUGGGCCUUGCUCUGGGGAGCCUUGGGACUCUGCUCCUCUGGAGGGAUAUUUAGACCAGAGCAGGCCCAGCCUGGGCGGGGCAGGCGGCCUCUACCACUUCAGGCUGCUCGGGCAGGAAAACUGCAGAGGAAAAGGGCUGCCACCCUCUUUAGCUUGGGUUUCUUAUUUAAAACCAGAUGAAACAAAAUGAAAAUUGGAAAAAAAAUAUUUUUUUCUUAUAAGAGAAAUACAAAUAUUUAGAAAACACAGAUUUUAAAAAUAUGAAAAUAAAGUCUCCAAAUUUCAUCACCCAGAUAAUUGUUUACAUCAUAUAAUACAUAUGCAUAUCUGUGAAUACACGUGUGUGUAUAUACACACAUCUGUAAAUUAGAUUAUAUCUUAUCUACCAUGUUAUGACCUGUGGCCUUUCCACUUGGUGUAUUGUGAAUCUGUCUUCAUGUCACUCAGAUUCUUCUACAGCAUAAAAUUUAAUGGCUGCAAAGUGUUUAUUUCACGUGCAAGCCAUAUUUAUUUAACAAGUCUCCUGUAUUAGGUCAUUUCAAUUAUUUUCAUGUGUUUAUUAUUGAGAACAAUGCAGAGAUUAAUUUUUGUAAGUGAAUAUUUAGCAAAUUCAAGAACAUUUCCAUCAGCUAAAAUUGCAGAGGUGGAAGGCUCCCAGGGGAAGUCAGUGCUGGGAAGGUGGUGACGGUGGGAGAGGCUGGCUCAGGGCAGGCCAGGCUUCCACCCGUGGUGCCAGGUUUCUUGCUGCUCUAGGAAGGUCUAGGGAGACUUGGAGCCACAUUUCCAGUGACGCUGAGUCCUCCAGGGAGACCUGGCACUGCGCAGGUGAGGAGGCAGAAGAGUCCUGCCCGUGGGAAAGUCCCAUCUUCUGUUCCAGGACAGGGAACCGGGACGGACCCGAACCGCGCCCCGAACCCUCCGCCCGGGCUCCACAGCAGGCCUGUUUGCUGAGCCUCGGCUGGGUGAGCCCAGCAGCCAUGGCUCCUGCUAGCAUGGCCAUGGUGGUGAGCUCAGCACUGCCCUUUACAGUUUAUACAUCCCUCCCGAGGGCACUAUUUUAUUCCAUCCUUGCAACAAUUUUGUAGAGAAAUGCCAUUCUCAUCUCCAACUUGAGAAGAACAGACUAGGGUCUGGAGACUGACAAGUGGCGCAGGUCAAAGGCCAGAUUCCCAGCUCUGCAGCACGUGCGUGCCUCCCUUGAGGGACCGCUCAGGCGGAGAAAGACCCCAGACCUGGGCUUCCUGCCCUCCCUGCUGUCAUGGGCCAGACCCUGUAAAUGCAGUGGUUGGACCAGACAGUGCCCGCGGCCCUCAGCUCUGACGCGGGAGCAGGGUGUCAGGAGGUCCAGGCUGCAGGGCUCUGCACUGGGAUGUGGUGGGGUCACACAUCAGCACUGCAGCAUUUCCUUUGAGAAGACCAUGACUUUCUGGGCAGCCCGGUGGCUGCUUAUUAGGACAGGCUGGACAUGGGCUUGUCCAUAGUGGCAUCUCUCUUAAAUAUCGUGGUGUGAAUAUGUAUGCCAACAAGAGGCAGGAGAGCACCCUGAGGAACGCAUACCGCACGGGCGUGCUGGGGGUGCAGCGUCGUGGCUUCAGCAGCGCAGACCAUGGAACCAGCACUCGCUCCAAGGCCUCCGCGGCAGCACAAGGCAUUCGGGGUCCCUGAGGCCCCACAUGGCCUGGUGGUGCGGAAGAGAAACAGCGCCCACAUGUUACCGCUGACCCAGGGAGGAACGUAGGGCCAAGUGCGUCAGAAAUGCUCCUGGGGGGACUGACUCCUUUGAAUACAAAUAAUUUUGGGGUGUGGCCACAGGAUCAAGCCCUUUACCUGGCACAGCUAUUGAUUGUGUGGAUUCUUCAGCGUGGUAGCGGUGAUUUGUUGACCUUACCUUUCCUCUGUUUUUUUUUUUUUUUUCUCUAGAGAGCUGACAUCCUUUUAGCAAAUAUUCCUUUUGCCAUUCCAUAUUCCUGUAAACCAGAGCUUCUUCACCUUUCUUAAUGCCAUGGAUCUUUUUGGCAGCUGUGGGAUGCCUACUGACAUACCCUUCUGAGAUGAAUAUAUUUAAAUGUAUACAAUAAGAUACACAGGAUUUCAAAGGAACCAGUCAGAUUUAAAUAGUUACAAAAUGUAUUUUCAUUGUGAUGCAUCUUUCUUUACUCAUAUCUUUAAUAACAAGAUCUAGCGUCAGGUCUAUUGGCAAAUUUUAAAGUAGUGACGAGCAGAAAUGAUAUUCGGAGAUAUCUGUAGGUAUAACAUGACAUGAAAAUAUCUGGUUUAAAUCAGCCGCAAUGUCACAGGCGCUGCUUAACGGUGCAAGGGUUUGAUGUCUACUUCAUAAUGAAAAGAAUCAGUGGAUUCCAGUUAGAGAUGGACUAGCAAAAACAAGGAUGAACUUUUCCCAUCCAAGUUUACAGGAUCCAGAUUUAAAACUCCUGCUUUAAAGUAAACAGAAAUAAGUAAUCCUGCUUAGAGGAACCCAAAGCACAGAGAGGCUGAGUGUUUGGCCCAAGACAACACAGCAAAUUAGAGCUUCUGUUGAAUACGUUGCCUGGCCGGUGCCGUCCUCAUUUUUCCUCAUUAACUUUUUUGUAAGUGAAUAUUUAGCAAAUUCAAGAACAUUUCCGUCAGCUAAAAUUGCAGAGGUGGAACGCUUUUUUUCCUCAUUAACUCUUGGUCUUAAAAUGAACACUAAUCCGGAAGUUUCAUCCUAAAAUGCUUCCAAAAAGAUUAAUUGACUACAUUUGCUACUUAAAUGAUGAAGACUACUGGUGAAUUUACAAGACUUUUAAAAGAGCAUUUUAGAAAAUAGGAAAAGGGUUAUAAUUUACAAUUCAAACGCAAAUCACAUGCAGAAUUGUUCAAUUAGGGGAGGAUUAGAAGAUUCAUUUUUAUCAGGGAAAAUCUUGAAAAUCCAAUGUCCAGUGCUCAUUUUGGUCACAUGAUAAAAUUAGUGACAAGACUGAAGAAAUCCUUCAGACCAACAUCCACACUUAAAAGAAAUGGACAUUUAUACAUAAGUUAGCUGUAAGCUCCACUUAUUGUAUUUUGAUGGCAAAGGGGACCAUGACCGUUGGAUCCUUGGGUGCCGAAAUAGUUCACAAAAUAAAGUGCUCUGGAGGAAGUGGUCUCCCCAAAUACAGAUUGAUGUCAUGGACUUCUAGAAAUGGAUACCAAAUAGAAUGGAACAGUCUGUGGUUAUUUCCUCAUUUAACUAACAAUCUAAAUGAGAGGAUGGGCAAUGUGACUCUUCACUCUGUCAUAAAUCAAAAGUAUAAUUUCCCAUACAGAUUUCUUUUCCAUGACUGCCAAGCUUAUCGCAUGAUACCACGGAGUCAUCUUUCCAUAAUAAAGACGUCCUAACCCA